CACGAUACUGCGCAAUCGUACCUACACAUACCAAUGUAAAACGCACUCCAUAUCUCAAUAACUGAGGAAGCAACGAAAAGCCAAAUGCCAAUGCCCAUGUCGUAACGAUACCGGCUUGUGUGCCAUUUCCCCCUCUUUUUCGUCUCCCUUCUUUCCAUCGUUCAAUGUAAGAAUGGUACUGCUAAGCGUGGCGGGGAUAUGGACAGUCGUUCCAUUGUUUCGUCCGUGCGACUAUCGACAGGACCUAUGAAGCUCCUGCCCCUGAAUUCCCGCCGCUUUCUGUCAGUUCAGUAGUCCUCCAUGGGCAAGUUUGUACUUCUACUUACCACCAGUCGAGCCGAAUAAAUAAAAUUGAUUUGUAUUUGGUGUAAUUAUUUAUCUGCUGUACCAUGGAAGUAAGUGAAAACACAUCUGAAGGCGAUCGCGAACUCAGCCCAAAUGUCACGAAUGAGAAAUGUUCAACCAUGGAAACUGGAACAGAAAAAGGAUAUGGAAGUGGUGAGAGUUCCUCAGAUAGCUCAGCUCGUCAAACUCCUACGUCAGAGAGUAGCUCUGACAAUGCCAGCUCUUCAAACGGACUGCAUUCAUCUGAAAAUCAUUUAAAUGGAAACCAGAGAGCACCGGGUGGUGCUCCCAUUUCCGAGAUUGAUGCAGUAUUGCAGGAAGAGUCCAAGCGCUUGGACAAGGUGAUGUCACCGUCAAAGAAGAAUUCUGAGGAAGUCAAAGUUCAGUCCAUAGACAAGGAAUUACAGUACAAAAGACUUAUUGAGCUUUUGACCAAGAGUCAGUUUUAUACAGAGUUUCUAGUGAAGAAAUUAGGCGAAGAUUCAUCUACCACAAAGAUAGUGAGAGGUGGUUCAUCACCACAGAAAGGUAGAAAGAAAGCGGCUCCCACUAAAGGUCAGCAGCAGGUUUUGGCCAUUGCUGCUGAUAUUAUUUCAAAGAAAUCAAAUGAUGAGCCUAUCCCUGAGGAAUCUGUCAAUGAGGAUCUGACAGUUGGCCAAACUAAAACCCUUGAAAAUGGACUAGAAGUUCCACUGAGUCAGCCAAAGCUUUUGACUGGAGCAUGCCUCAGAGAUUACCAAAUGGAAGGUCUCAACUGGCUAAAGCUCUUAUUUGAAAAUGGUGUGAAUGGUAUAUUGGCUGAUGAAAUGGGGCUUGGCAAAACCAUUCAAGUCAUUGCUCUCAUUUCAUUUUUAGUUGAAAAAAAUGUCCGUGGUCCUUUCUUGAUUAUAGGACCUCUUUCAACUUUACCCAAUUGGGCUAUUGAAUUUGACAGAUUUGCUCCUCAGAUCCCUUACCUUGUGUAUCAUGGGUCUGAAGACAAACGGGCUGCUGUGAGACCAAAAAUGAAUCGCAAAAUGGUUGUAGAGGGACACAAAGUUUAUCCUGUUAUAAUCACAUCAUAUGAUUAUCCUCUCAGAGAUGCAAAACAUUUGAGGAAGAUGAACUGGCGAUAUAUUAUUAUUGAUGAAGGACAUCGCAUAAAAAAUCACAACAGUCAACUUUCAAGGGCUCUGAGGACCUAUCAAUCAGCAAAUCGCCUGCUUCUAACUGGAACACCUCUUCACAACAGUCUAAGUGAACUGUGGGCUUUGCUAAAUUUCCUGGUUCCAGAAAUAUUUGAUGACUUGGAGAUAUUUGAAUCAUGGUUCCGCCUUGAGGACCUGGCGAGUGAAGAUGGAAGUGAGAAAGUUCUAGAAGAAGAAAAGAAGAAAAAUGUUUUAUCAACUAUGCACAAGAUCCUUUCACCUUUUAUGUUGAGACGAGUCAAAUCUGAAGUUAAGUUAAAUCUACCUCCAAAGAAGGAGAUAAUUGUUUAUGCUCCAAUGACUCCUAUUCAGUUGGAUCUGUAUAGGGCUGUCUUGGACUACAAUUUAACAUUUCUAGCAGACAAAAAAGAGGAAAACAUUGUUCUUGAGAACGAAGAUGGUACACGUUCCAAACGCACUUGCACCACUACGAAAAAGUUUUAUAAUCUAAAUGAGCUGUUUCAUGCUGAGGAUGAAUUAGAAGCAGCAGGACCAGCGGAGGAUAAGAAAAUGUUACUGGUUGAAGACAAAGAGAACAGUAAGUAUGCAAUCCGAGUGAAAAUGCAGAACCCUGCUAUGAUGUUAAGGAAGAUUGUGAAUCAUCCUUAUUUGGUUCAGUACCCUCUUGAACCAGGCACUGUCUAUGCUCGUAUUGAUGAGGAUCUUGUCAAAACUUCUGGCAAAAUGUUAGUUUUAGAUGCAAUGUUGACGAAGUUAAAAGGCAGAGGUCACAAGGUUUUAUUAUUUAGCACAUUUACUAGUCUCAUUGAUAUUUUAGAAGAUUACUUAUCUCUGCGCUCUUAUCGAUAUGUGAGACUUGAUGGACGAACUGAUCUAGAGGAACGACAGAAAGCCAUUAAGGAAUACAACAAUGAUCCAGAUAUGUUUCUUUUCCUGAUAUCUACCCGUGCUGGUGGUUUAGGAAUCAAUUUAGCCUCAGCUGAUACAGUCAUACUAUUUGACAGCGAUUGGAAUCCUCAAGUAGAUCUGCAGGCUCAAGACCGCUGUCAUAGAAUUGGUCAAACUCGACCUGUUGUGGUUUACCGUUUUGUUACUGCUGGCACUGUAGAUGAGAGAAUCGUUGUCAGAGCAGCAGCCAAACGGAAACUGGAAAAAAUAAUUAUUCACAAGGGAAACUACAGUGCUUUACAAAAAUCAGAAGACAGUGCAGUGGACUUAGAAGAAUUGCGGAAACUAUUGCAGUCUCGUGAUCAUCAGCGAGUCAUUCACCCCAAUGGUUUUGUUUUUUCUGAUAAAGAAUUAGAAGAUUUGUUAGAUAGAUCUAAUAUGAUCAAUUCUGAAGCUAUUUCUUCUACUUCUGAGGUUCAAGACCUCAAAGAAAGAAACUUCAAGGAAGUAUAUGGAUAUACUGGUACCAAACAAGUUAACAGUAAUAGUGAAAUGAAAAGUAGUGUUCAUAUUGUCGAUGAGGACAGUAAUGAUGCUCCAUGUGAGGUAGCUCCUAUAAGGAGAAGUCCAACCAAGUCAGCUUCUUUUUCUGAAACUUUUUCCAAUAAUACAAAUUCUGAGGCUCAGCAUGUGAUUGAUUCAGGAACAGUCAAAUCAACAAAGAGAAAACUAUCCACUGAGUCUAGUACUGUUGGCGGAAAGUCAAAGUAUUCCUGCCUGGAAGAAGAAAGAUCUAAUUCUCCAGAAAAUGAUACUAGAGCUAACCAUUCCAAGACUGAUUCUCGUAAAACUCGAUCUACCAAGAGAACUAAAUAAUAUGCUGAAGUUUAAAAGCAGUUCUGUUUAAUUCACUUUAAUUUAUUUACUGUAUAGUUUUGUUUAUUGCACAGCUACUUGCCACCUUGUAAUUCAAUAUUUAUUUUAUUUUAUAUCUUAGAUAUGACUUUGCAAAUACAAUAUUUAUUUUUAAAAAGAAA